AUGGCCGACAACCAAGACCACCAGGCCGCUCGCCAGCCUUCGUCCCGUUCAUUGACAAGGCCCGGCACCGCUGGCUCUGCUUCUGCCCGUCCUUCGCUGCGUCCCGCUCCCUCGUCCAGCAGCAUGUACAAUGCUGGUGCCCCCGAAUCGGCAGAGCUCUUGCUCCCACCUAGCCGCUCUCGCCCGUCACGGCGCUUCCGCGAUGACGACUCGCCCAUGAGGUCGCCAAGCCAAAGUGGCUAUAACUCUCGUCGCACGAGUUGGGGCUCCGAGUCGACUGGCAGCAGAGAUAGCCGCGUCGGUCCUUUUGCUUCUCCUUUUGACGACUCGCGCGCCCCUUCACGUGCUGGCAGCGACGACGAGGGCGUAAAUACCCAGACCGUCUCAGAGAAAUACAACAUCCUGCCUUCUGCAGGCCUACUUCUCUUCCCUGAAGAUGUUGAAAAGGACGAUUACUUACAUAACCCGGAUCCCAACGAGAAAGAAGGCCGCAUAACCUGUUCCGACUUGUUCUCAAAACGUGGUAUCACCAACUUGGGUGGUCUUAUCUUGAUCACCCUGGGUGUCUUCAUGCUCUUUAUCGGGUACCCCAUCAUUACUUUCGCGGUCAAAUACAACGAGCCAAAAGUCGACACGUGCGCGUCUGAUCCCAUGUGCAUCAGAAGCGAUGUGCCUCUUCUGAAGAACGUACGCACUGGUCUCAUUGAUCCUGCUACACCCAGCUCAGUCAUGACAAGGAAAAGCGUCAACGGCAAAACUUUGAACCUGGUGUUCUCCGAUGAGUUUGAAACUGAUGGCCGUACUUUCUAUGACGGUGAUGACCCGUACUUCCAAGGUGUUGACAUUUGGUACGGUGUCACACAGGAUCUCGAGUGGUACGACCCAGACGCUAUCACUACCAAGGACGGUGUCCUUGAGAUCACCUUCGACGCUUUCCAGAACCACGGCCUCAACUACCGCUCCGGUAUGCUGCAAUCAUGGAACAAGCUUUGCUUCAAGGGCGGUUAUCUUGAGGCUAGUAUCUCGCUUCCUGGUAGGGGCGACACGAUCGGUUUCUGGCCUGGUUUCUGGGCUAUGGGUAACCUUGGAAGACCUGGAUACCGUGCCACGACCGAUGGCACUUGGCCCUACAGUUAUUCGGAUGUCUGCGACGCUGGUAUCACUGCUAACCAGUCAUCGCCUGAUGGUUUCAACUGGCUUCCUGGAAUGCGUCUCCCUGCUUGUACUUGCGACGGCGAAGAUCACCCUAGUCCCGGAAAAUCUCGUUACGUUGCCGAAAUCGAUGCUAUCGAAGCCAGUGUAUCUUACCUCGACCCUCUUCACUAUGACGCCGCUGUCGGCUCGGCCUCGCAGAGUUACCAAACUGCUCCUUUCGAUAUCUUCUGGCGUCCCAAUACCGACUUCAUUGAAGUCUACGACCCUUCCAUCUCCGAGAUGAACUCUUACCAGGGUGGUGUUUACCAGCAGGCCCUUUCGACCGUAACCCUUCUCAACAACGACUGGUAUGACGGUAAAGCUUACCAAACCUACGCUUUUGAGUACGAGCCUGGUUCAGAUGGAUACGUUGCUUGGUAUGUUGGCGCAGAUCCCACUUGGAAGAUGACUGCCGACGCCGUCGGACCCAACGGAAACGUCGGGCAGAGAGUCAUGCCCGAGGAACCCAUGGCACUGAUUGCCAACUACGGUCUCUCUGCCAGUUUCGCCCAGUUGAACUGGACAGGUCUGGCCGAACUUAUGCCUGGUAAGAUGAGGUUCGACUACAUCCGAAUUUACCAGGACGACGAUGGUGAGAUGACGUGCGAUCCCGUGGGCUACCCCACGACGGAAUACAUCAGCAAGCACGCAAAUGCAUACCAAAACCCCAACAUUACCAGUUGGGAGGACGCGGGAUACAGCUGGCCACAAAAUCAGUUUGUUGACUCCUGCAAGAGCAGUGCAUACAAGGGCCCAACUUAA